CUCUCUCUCUCUGUUCGUUUAAUGUCCCGUCUUUCAUCUCUCUUCUUCUUCUUCUUCUUCUUCUUCUACCAUCAAUCUCCUACUCAUUCCGGCAGUGGCAAAUCCCCACUUACCGUUAGGCGCACUAUUGAUUAUAUAAUAGCAUCCACCCACGUGAUCGUUAGCUUUAUCAUCGUUAUUGCCACGAUUACGAUGCCGCGCAGGUUAAGAGUAUUUAUUGAAGGGAGGCGUCGAAAUCGAUGCGUCCAGAACCUUCUCGAUGUACAUGUUGUUUCCUUCAUUUAAUUUAUUGUUUCCUUCUGUCCUUCGAAUAAACUUUGUUUUUACAAUAUGUACACUUUAAAGCACGCACAUCUUACAAUAGGAAUAAGAACACCAGAGUUGUCGGAGCCUCGCUCGAGUAUUAUUAUAUUACGAGCGCAGUCUGUCAUUAAUUCGGAUUCUCCGAGUUCGAAGGAAUAAUGGGAAUCGUGACUGAGGCGUAAGAGAAACAUUUUCAAAAAUCCAGAAAUGACAUAAAUCUCACUGUAUAUAAAGGAUUGGCCAGCAGUAGCGCACGACAGUGGGUGCACUAGUGCGGACGAAUUACAUCACUUCCUCCUUUGUGAAGAGUAAAUUCGGAAAAAUUUACGCGACCAAGAGAACUACGUAAUUUCCUGGGAGUUCUGCGAAUCCUUCGAGUGAUCUGAAGAUAAUGACGAGCGAUCCGCUAGGAAACUUCUGGCAGCCUUCGCUUCCUGUUUCUUCGUUCGUCGUCCUUGUUCUUUUCCUUUGUCCUUUGCCAAACGUGACAGGAGCGGGAAGCAACGCGAAUCGCGCAGAGUCACGCCCGCUCGAGUACUACGAGCCAGACAUCGAGCCCUACGAGUCGCAACUGGUGUCGGCCGACGCGGCGGCGGUGGAAGAAGUGGCGCCGACCCCGGCGCCGACCACGGCGCCGACAUCCGGCGCCGGGAAAGCAAUCUUUGCCUUUCGGAAAAAUGGCGUGCGCGUCGACGUGAGAAUGGUCCCUGCCGAGAACGCGUCGCUUCGCUCGAACGAGUCUUUAAACGCCGACGACAGAUUCCCGAGAUUCCCUGUAAAAGACAUCGGAGGCUGCAUCUUCAAACUGUCGCUGACGUGCGUCGGGAAGCGCUUGACUCUUUUCCUUGAGGCUGUCGGCCGUCUCGACGAGAUAACUAUUCUCGGCGAAGCGGUGAAGCUGGUAAGGACGCGAGCUCCCGUCCGGACGGUAACCGACCGACGAACGGUCGACGCUCCUCUUGCCGAGACGAUCGACCGCGCCAUCGAGAACUUCUUCGAGACAUUCUCCCUGCGCAUCACUCUGCCGCGACUUAAUGGAAGAGAGGAGCGCAGCAGAAUAGAUGUCGAAUUCGAGGAACCUGCCGAACCCGCCGAACUUCAGGAAGAGCGCAAUGAUCUUCUUGAAGGUCGUGGGAAAAUGGGCGGCGGAGGAGGAGGAGGCGGAAAGGGAAACAAAGGUGGCGGCGGUGGGGGCGGAAAAUGCAAGCGGAUGAUGAUGUUCAUGCUCAUGAUGAUCAAGAUGAAAAUAAUGGGUGUGAUAGGGCUCACUGCCAUGAAAGGCAUGAUGAUGGCUGGCAUGUCUUUGAUGAUAUCGAAAUUCAUGCUCAUUCAGAAAUUGAUGGCUUUGAAGAAAGGUGGCGCUGGCGGCGGAGGAGGAGGUGCACCUUGGCAAAGCGCUGCUGGCGGCGGCGGUGGAGCCGGUCCUCUCAAGGAGAUAAUCCUAGUGACAAAGGCAUCCGGAGGCUCUAGUGCUGGUGGCGCUGGCUGCUGCGCCGGCGGCCCGUCUGACAGUUACGGCGCUCCGCCAGCAAGUAGUUACGGACCGCCAUCGGGAGGUGCUGAUGGUUACGAUUACGCCGGUGGCGGCGGCGGCGGCGGCGGCGGCGGAGGAGGCUGGGGACGCAGCUUCAAAAAUGGCGCACUCGGUAGCUCCAAUGAAAAAUCCAUGAUUAUUGGACGAAACACGACCAACGAAAAUCCGGAAUAUUCCCCAGACGGUAUCGCCUCGCAACUUCCACGUCGGCAAUCGAUUCGUGCGGCGCCGCUUGCUUUUCGAUAUUAUGAACACUACCGAAACACGAAAAGGAAUUCAGAUACUUCAAAGUCCACUGCCGUCAAUGCCAGCGCCCCACUCCAGUCCUCAGCCAGCAUAAAUAUACAACGAAUUACACAUUUUCAUGACGAGAACGUUUUCAAUACAUAACUAUAUUUAAAUUCUUAAUAAAGGCAUUGCAACCCUCAAAAGAUGUCCGGGAAAGAAAGAACUAUCGAAAUCAUGGAAUAGAGUGUUGCAUCCUGGAAGACAGUGGACACAUCGUCCUCGUCUCUUUCGUUUGACAGUAACCCUAGUAGAAAUGAAACCAGGCAGGCCCAGAUACUGGACAUGGCCUCACCAGAAUAUUUAGGGAAACCCUCGAUUUCUUAACUUGAGAGCAGACUAGCUAGUUCCUGGUUAGAUGCGAGUCGGCAUUUAGACUUUCCAAAUAGUCAUAUUUCUCUAUAGGAUUAAUAUAAACGAGAUGUUCAGUCAACUACAUUACAAUAUUUUUUUCAUGUUGAAUAUUUUAACGUUUGCGAUUACAAAUUAACUUGUUUUCUAAGAUUGAAUCACACCUUUUGAACCAAACAAACUGAUAUAUAAUUAAAUUCUAAAUCAUUAAACGUAAAAUUGGACUUGAUAUAUUGAAAUACUUUUCUAUUUAUUUUGUAACGUUUCUAUUAUAUGUAUAAUUAUUCAUGUUUACAAUUCUUAGUCAAAGUAACAUUCAUAAGUGUGGCUCAACGAGUAGAGGCUGCACGCUCCCUCAAUUUGAGCAUUCCGAAAAUCGCAGGUUCGAGUCUUUCUCACAGCACUGCAUAGAUACUGCAUAGAUAUGCAGUACAUGUAUGUAUGUACCCAACAACCGCAAGUAAAAACAUAGUAUGCGAUCACUUUUCCAUAUUUAUUUUAUAAACACAAUUACUAUCUUGUAUGAAUUAUAUGUAUAUUUGGUAUAUUUUUAUGAAUAUUAAUAACAUAAUGGAUUUUAUAUACUUCACCUUCAUUAUAAGGGAAUUGAAAACGGGCCCUGGCCAGGCCCCAGCUCGGCCCAACUCAGCGCAAGCGUUGCAUUGCCUUACCUCCACACAGUUAUUAUUUCUACAAGGGAAAACCGAGGCCAGUCACUUUUCAAAUGUUUGCAAAUAUUCGAUCUGUUCCGCGUGUCACCCUUGGUAAUUACGAGGGUGCCAAGUAUGGGAACGGCAAGUAUGGAACGCGACCGUCUAUCGAACAAAGAUGUAAUACUUUUCCGAGUUAGUCCAAAGAUCAUCCGAAUUCCUUAUUCUGAACGCGCACGCACAAAUAUGUAUAUGAAUAACGGUUUCCUGCGAUUCGUGCCGACGCGCGGCUCAAUCGCUCUUCUUCCUGUUAGCCCACUAAUUUGCUUGAUUUUGUUUUUUUCCCCAUUUUUUCUCACCUCGUAUGCCUUAGCCUGAGGUGCUUCUACGAUUCGGACGACCUACAUUAUGCGUUUUAACCUCCAAAUGAAUUUCGAUUUAUAUUCGCUGUGAUCUGUCACAGUCGCAGAGAU